AUGGCAGGUCUUAGGACAUUUGAUGCGUUCCCUAAAACCGAUGAACAGCAUGUGAAGACUUCAUCCAAGGGUGGCCUUAGCUCCAUUUUGACAUAUUUGUUUCUCUUAUUCAUCGCAUGGUCCGAAUUUGGUAGCUUUUUUGGAGGUUACAUUGAUCAGCAAUAUGUCGUGGACGACCAAAUCAAGGAAACCGUUACUAUUAACUUGGAUCUCUACGUGAAUAUGGCAUGUAAAAACAUUAGAAUUAAUGCUAGAGAUAUUACUGGCGACCGUGGACUCAUAUCAGAGAACAUUCAAAUGGAAGGAAUGCCAUUUUACAUCCCUGUGGGCACAAGAGUAAAUGAGAUGAACAAUAUUGUUUCACCGGACCUCGACGAAAUACUUGGCGAAGCGAUCCCAGCCCAGUUCAGGGAGGCUAUUGAUACGUCUGAGUUAACUGGAAGAGAUGAUUUUAAUGGGUGUCACAUAUUUGGUUCAGUUCCUGUCAAUAAAGUGAAAGGUGAAUUACAUAUCACCGCUCACGGUUGGGGUUACCGGUCUGCCUCUGCCAUUCCAAAGGACCAAAUAAAUUUCAAUCAUGUAAUAAACGAACUUUCCUUCGGUGACUUUUAUCCUUACAUUGACAAUCCUUUAGAUAACACCGCCAAAUUUUCGGAUGAGAAGAUCAAAGCAUAUUACUACUUUACCUCGAUAGUACCAACACUUUACAAAAAAAUGGGUGCCGAAGUAGAUACCAAUCAAUAUGCUUUGAGUGAAACAGAGUACGGAGAAUCUAGUAAAGCUACCGGGGUUCCUGGUAUCUUCAUUAGGUAUCAAUUCGAACCCAUGAAGAUAAUCAUCAGUGAUAUGCGUAUUGGAUUCUUCCAGUUUAUUAUCAGACUCGUUGCAAUCCUGUCAUUCAUCGUUUACACGGCAUCUUGGAUUUUCAGACUUGUAGACAAGUCACUAGUCCUAGCUCUUGGUCCUAAGUGGUCUCUUCACUAUUCAAAAGAUCAAAGUCCAUCUCAUGGGCUUUUAGAUGAAUAA